CCUUGUUCCAUCCGCUCCAUCCCAUCCCAUCCCAUCCCAGCUCGAUUCUGCAGCCCUUCUUUUUCGCUACAUGGACGAGGACAAGAAACUCGACCCUGACGUCUCAGAUCAGCAAAGCACGGAUUCGAGGCUCGAUCCCCGCAUCCGCCGCAAGAUCGACCUCCGGGUGAUCCCGCUUAUCACCCUGCUAUAUCUGUGUUGCUUUCUGGAUCGGAGUAACCUCGGUACAGCGUCAUUCGCGGAGUCCCCUCGUAUCGCUCACCUCCCUCUGCGCUCGUUUAGGAAAUGCCCGGGUUUGGAUAUUGCCUUUGUCCCUCCUUGCCUGGGAUGCUUAGACUUGAUGCGUGUGCAGAUCGCCGGGAUGGCCGAGGACCUCGAUCUGACGGGGAUGCGGUACCAGAUGGCGGCGGCGGCGUUCUUCGUGACGUAUGCUCUCCUGGAGGCGCCCUGCAACGUGGUGGCCAAGUGCGUACGCCCGUCGAUAUGGAUCCCGGGACUUACCCUCGCUUGGGGAAUUAUCAUGGUCUCGAUGGCCUUCGUCAAGACAUGGCGGGGACUGAUCAUAGCGCGUGUGUUCCUCGGCGUCGCGGAAUCCGGACUGGCGCCUGCGCUCGGUGAGAUGUGCACGGGCAGGAUGUCACCCGUAGCACUAGGAUUUAGCUAAAGACCAUGGCUCUUACCAUAGAAAUCCCAUCCUAACGUAUGGUGCUUACCAUGCCAUGGCUCUUGCCAUGCGUUUGCCUCGUAUCUUAUGGCGGGACAUCACUGAUUCCACUGCCACCUCCUUCCCAUUCCGGACGGUGAUCUUUGCCAUCACCACGGCGCACUCGGCUCGCCACGAAAGAUGAUUUCCCAUCAACUGGCACUGUCCUGACCGCAAUCCUGUGGUGAUGGCGCCUGAUGGCGGGCAUCCCGACCCCCGAUAACGCUA